UACCCUCCUUUCUUUAGGACCCCACCGGCGCCCUCCCUUUGCCUCUCUCGCUCUCAUUCUAUUCCUUUCUGGGCUAGGGUUUUAGGCUUCCAGCCGCUCUCUCCUCGCGGCGCUCUUCCUCCCAAAGGCUUGGUAAGGAUGGUGAGAGUUAGCGUCUUGAAUGAUGCUCUUAAGAGCAUGUACAAUGCUGAGAAGCGAGGAAAACGUCAGGUCAUGAUCAGACCUUCAUCGAAAGUGAUCAUCAAGUUCCUUCUGGUCAUGCAGAAGCAUGGAUACAUUGGUGAGUUUGAAUAUGUAGAUGACCACCGAGCUGGUAAAAUAGUGGUUGAGUUGAAUGGAAGAUUGAACAAAUGUGGUGUUAUCAGUCCUCGCUUUGAUGUGGGUGUUAAAGAAAUUGAGCCCUGGACUGCAAGACUGCUUCCAUCUAGACAGUUUGGUUACAUUGUGCUGACAACAUCUGCGGGCAUCAUGGACCAUGAAGAAGCUAGGAGGAAGAACGUUGGUGGAAAAGUUCUUGGCUUUUUUUACUAGAUGUGGCUUUCGCCGGACAAAAGGGAUCGACUAUAGCCAUCCUAAUUUUUUCGAUAAGGAUUUUAAGGAAUUUUGGGAACUGUGUAUGUUAUUUAUACUUUGGUUUUUGGAGGUUUGAUUUUUAAUUGAAUGCAGGAGUUUGUAAGACUGAUAUUUUGAAGAACCCUUGAUUUCUGCUUCACCAGUUUGUUUUCUACCAAUUUUGUCUCACAA